AUGGGUUUUCUAAGUACUCACGUCCAGGGCACCGCCGACCCUCCAGAAGUGCGCAACUGGUACAUCCAUUGGAUCGCACUCGUUGCUUCCAUGUCGGCCCUUGCCAUGGGUUACGAUACCGCAGUCAUUGGCGGGACAAUGGCCCUCGACGCGUUCCGCAAAGACUUUGAUAUGCUGGACAUGGAGAGAAGAGCGCGCGACACUAUCCAGGGCAACAUUGUAUCCACCUUUCAGGCUGGUUGCUUCUUUGGCGCUCUCAUCACCUUCCCCGCCGCGGAGCGUUUCGGCCGCAAAAUCACCAUUCUCACCGCCGCCCUCGUCUUCUUGCUCGGCGGCACCCUCAUGACCGCGUCCAUGGGCAACAUGAGCAUGAUUGUGGCCGGCCGCGCCAUUGCCGGUCUCGGCAUCGGAUCCACGUCCAUGUGCGUGCCCGUGUACAUUUCCGAGACGGCGCCGCCCUCCAUCCGCGGCCGACUUGUUGGCAUUUUCGAGAUUGCCUCGCAAGGGGGCGGCAUGCUCGGCUUCUGGAUCAACUACGCGACGGCGCAGACCAUUUCAAACGACAACAAGUCCCAGUGGAUCAUCCCGCUGGCGCUGCAGCUGGCGCCGGGUGUGCUGCUGUUUGUCGGCAUGCUCUUCAACCCAGAGUCUCCGCGCUGGCUGGCUCGCAAGGACAGGUUCGAAGAGGCAGAGCUGACUCUGACGAAACUGAGAGGGCUUCCGGCCGAGGACUCGUACAUUCGCCGGGAAAUUCACGAGAUUCGCAUGCAAAUUGAGGAGCGCAGCACUCUUCGUCUCACGCGCCGUCAGCAGUUUGAGAAGCUCUUCCAAAAGGGUGUCCGCAACCGCAUGGGUAUCGGAAUGGGACUCAUGUUCUUCCAGAGCUUCACCGGCGUCAACAUCAUCACAUACUACGCGCCUCGUAUUUUCGAGACACUUGGCAUCACUGGCACCAGCACCAAGCUGUUUUCCACCGGUCUUUACGGAUGCUUCAAGACGCUGGGCAUGAUUGCCUUUACCUUUGUCGUAGUUGAGCGUGUCGGUCGUCGCAACGGUCUCAUCUGGGGCGCAGUCCUUGGAUGUCUACCCAUGUUCUACCUCGGGGGAUACGUCCUCAAGGCCGAUCCUGCUGGCGCCGCUGCCAACGGCAUGACGCAGCGUGACGGAGCGGGAUACUUUGCCAUGGUAUGCGUCUACUUCAACGCCUUUAUCAUCUGCGCCACCUGGCAAGGUAUCACCUGGACGUAUGCCUCUGAGAUUUUCCCUCUCGACAUUCGCAUGCUCUGUGUUGCCAUCACCACCGCUGUGACCUGGCUCGGUUCUUUCAUCAUUGCGCGCUCGACCCCGUACAUGAUCACCGAUCUUGGAUACGGGACAUACUUUAUGUUUGGCGGCUUCGUUACUGCCAUGGGUGUGUGGGCAUUCUUCUGCAUCCCUGAAACAAAGGGUGUCAUGUUGGAGGACAUGGAUUCAUUGUUCGCGCAGUCGACUUUCAAGACUGUUUUGGCGCAGAUGCGAGGCUACAAAAUUGGAGGCGGAAGCAGGUCUUCCGGCGCACGUGAGAAUGAAGAGAAGCGAAAGAGUUUCCUAGAAAAGGGAGAGGCCGAGCAGGUUGAAAAGAUAUGA